UUAACCUCGUCUGACCUAUUCGAUUUGCCCCCCAAUUUGGAAAUCGCGGUAGUUCGAGGAGCGACGUGAAGAGACUCGACCGUGCAGGCGUGCAAAUUCGAGGUUGCACGAACCCACGAUCUUGAACGCGCAAUCGGGAGCCGAACACAAGCUACUUGAAGCGACCACGUGACAACACCCACUGAGCAGAUCUGCCACACCAAUUUCUACGUUAGCGAUCAAUGUUCAGCUGUGCCAUCACUAGCACACACUUCCGAGAGUAUCGUUUCGGAACUCGUAUAUAAAGGAACGAAAGCCUGAUCGAGCACUUGCGAGAAACGUAUCAUAUGCUUCACACUGAAUAUCCAAACAUUUACAGAUAAAAAAUAGUUUUUUCCAUACAUGAAUGAUAUUGCAAUAUGUUAGAAGAAUUUCUUUCAAUGAUGAAACCUGUCAUAAAGGAAUUAUUUAGCUCGAACGUGAAUAAAACGUUCAAGUUUUCGACUCGACAGGCCAUCUAGUGGAUAUACGCGGCAACUACAGUUCGCCUUAGAGUACGCCGGCGCGUACGUGUUUGAAAUUGGCAGAGAUGAAAUGAUAACCCUCUCAUAUCAGAAUUACAUUCUAGAUCUACGUGUUUGCGCGAAACCCAAAAUUAACAAGUACCGAAAAGAAAGAAGGAAAGAAGCUCUAGUAUUAAAAGCUCUAAUGUAUUGCGAUGGGCACGGCACACGCUUCGGCGAAGAAAGCGGAGGAACCAAGCGUGAUAUCCAACGACGAGGAGUACGUACCGUGCAAGGAACCGCAGGACAAAGGCCCUGGAAAUCCAGGAAGCUUCGAGGAUCUCCACAUAAAAGUGAAGGACCUGUAUCCCCAGAACUUCGAGGGAGCGCGACUGACGAUUAACAAAGUACUUAGCGAACAUUUCAAGGUGACUCAUUCGAUCACUCUGAGCUCCGUGACUCCGUCAGGCUACAAAUUCGGCGCGAGAUACAUUGGAACGAAGAGGGUGGGCCUAAAAGAAAAGUACCCUGUGGCUGCUGGCGAAAUAUCGCCAAAUGGAAACUUAACCGCCUCGUUCGUGCACACUUUGGGUUGUAGAUUCAGAUACAAACUGUCGGCCCAAAUCGCCAAAGAAAAGAGCAAGGCGUUGAGUUCCAGUUUGGAGUAUCGCGCCAACGAUUUCACCGUGGCGAUAACUCUGGCCAAUCCACAAAUAAUUAGGAAACAAGGAACAAUGGUAAUGCACUUUCUCCAAUCGAUCACAUCGAGGAUCGCGUUAGGAGCGGAGAUCGCGUGUCUUCGCGGCUCCAAGAUACCUGGUGGUCAGCAAACCGUCAUGUGCAUGGCUUUUAGGUACAGCACAGGACCUACCACGUUCUCUGGCACUAUCGGCGAAGCAGGCCUGCACAUAUGCUACCAUCGCAAGGCCAGCCCGCAACUAGAACUCGGGGUCGAGCUAGAGACCAACACGCGUACCUAUCACUCGAUAGCUACUAUCGUUUAUCGUGUCAACAUCCCGUACGCGGAUCUCGUGUUCCGCGGUAUUGUUAAUUCGGAAUCCUCCGUCGGUGGGGUGUUCGAGAAAAGACUGUACCCGAUACCGGAGUCGUCGCUGGUCAUUAGUGGUCUCUUGAACCAUACGAAACAGCAAUUUCGCGUGGGCGUCGGUCUCAAUAUCGGACAAUAAUAAUGCCAAAUAUAUAUAGGUAAUAUCAGCUUAC